GCGCCUUCAAGGGGAAGGUAACUGCGCAAGGAAGGAGAGUACAAACUACGAGGAGGAGCAGAAGAGAGAGACGACAACGAGGGCGCGGGUUGCGAUUCGGGGGUUAGGGUUUUUGCCAGGAAGAGAAUCCCCGAGGUUCCCGAUGGAGGAGGUCACGGAGGGGAUCAACAACAUCGCCAUCACCGACUCGCACAAGAAGAACCGCAUUCAGGUCUCCAACACCAAGAAGCCCCUCUUCUUCUACGUCAAUCUCGCCAAGAGGUAUAUGCAGCAGCACAAUGAGGUCGAGCUCUCGGCUCUGGGAAUGGCUAUUGCAACGGUGGUGACUGUGGCAGAAAUUCUGAAGAACAAUGGCCUGGCUGUUGAGAAGAAAAUCAUGACAUCCACUGUCGAUAUCAAGGAUGAUUCCAGAGGAAGACCGGUGCAAAAGGCUAAGAUUGAGAUAGUACUUGGGAAGACAGCGAACUUCGAUGAAUUGAUGGCCGCUGCUGCAGAAGAGAGGGAAGCCGCGGAGGCGGAGGAGCAGAGCUGAGAAGGUGUCUUGGUGCUUGCUCGUCGCAUAUCUGUUGUUUAUGUUGAAUAUGCGUGUUGCCGAAUGAAUGGGUUCGCAUGGUUUUGCGGAUAUCUUGGACUCAGAGUGCUCUUAGAUAUGCUUGUUUAGUCAGUUAAAAAGAACUACAUGUUAGCUGCGAUUUUCAACCCCUUAUGGAGCUGUCUUUUGUAACAAGCACGAGCCAUGCAAAGUGUUACUUCAUUGGUUUAGGGUCUAUUCAAUUGAUAUAGUUAUUUUAGAGUUUUUUACGA